AUGCACAUAAGGGUGUGGAACUGGGCGGGUGAAUCGCGCUUGUUUACUCUACACAACCUCGACAAAGAGAACCGACGCAGCGAAGUGCGAUGCCUCGUCUUCGAUAGAGAUGCCAUCGUGUCCGGCGACAGCGACUUUAUGGUGAAGAUAUGGGACUGGAAUACCGGUCAGCCCAGGCGGACACUGAAAGGGCAUCAGGGCUACGUCAAGUAUGUGUACGUGGAUGACUACAAAAUAGUCUCAAGCGGUGGCGAUGGCACAAUUCGGGUGUGGGACUAUCGAGGCACGAGCGAUGCGCCCCUGUACACGAUACAGGCGCACACGCGAGACAUCAUCAACAUGGACGUGCACGAAAACGCCUUCGCCAGCGGAUCGCUCGACGACUCGCUCAAGAUGUGGCUCAUCGGGUAG